GAAGUCAAAAGAAAUGGAACCCAAAUCCUUUGCCUCCGCAACAGUGCAAUUCGAUAUAGUAGCAACUUGAAAGGUUUAGGGUUUUAGAAUGCCAUAGAUUUAGGAAAAGAAACAAACAAAAUGGCAACUGCUUCGCUAUCAACUCCGGCUUCAAGAAUCUUCUCAUUCUCUUCCUUAUCAAUCCGCCUCCGAACCCUCACAACCGCCGCACGCGCCACCACCACCACCACUAGUAGUAAGAAGAAGCAGCAGCAGAAGCACAAGGAGCACAAGCAGAGAGUUGCCGUCAAAGAAAAGCGAAGAACUCGCUCCGAUCGAGAGUUCGAAUUGGAGACCAUCAAGCGUUAUGGCGACACCUCUUUCCACAUACCUGUCCUCCUCGGCGAAGUCCUCGACGUUUUUCCCGCCUCCAAACCCCUCCGCCGUUUCGUCGACUGCACCCUCGGAGCCGCCGGCCACUCCUCCGCCAUAAUUGAAGGGCAUCCCGAAAUGGAAGUGUAUGUGGGGCUUGAUGUUGAUCCUGUGGCGCUUGAAAAGGCUCGGGGUCGGAUCAAUGGUGUGUUGGACGCCCCUUUGAAAGCUUAUACAUUCUUGGAGAAUUUCAGAUGCAUCAAGUCUUUGCUUGCUGACGUGGAUGAGACGCUUCUCGACGCUGGGAUUGAUGGCAUCUUGAUGGAUUUGGGGAUGUCAUCGAUGCAGGUGAAUGAUCCUCAGAGAGGGUUCAGUGUGCUUGCUGAUGGGCCUCUCGAUAUGCGCAUGGAUCCUCAGGCAAGUCUGAAAGCAGAAGACAUUUUAAACUCUUGGCCAGAAACUGAGGUAGGGCGCAUCCUGCGAGAGUAUGGGGAAGAAAGCAACUGGUACUCUCUUCAGAAUAAAAUAGUUAAAGCACGAUUACAAGGUGGACUGCAUUCCACUGGUGAACUAGUAGAUCUUAUAAAAUCUGCAACCCCUCUAAGUCGAGAAGGGAGGCAAGGUUGGAUUAAGACAGCAACAAGGGUGUUUCAAGCUCUGAGGAUAGCAGUUAAUGAUGAGUUGAAGACUCUGGAGGAUUCUCUAUAUUCAUGUUUCGAUUGCCUUGCACCUGGUGGUAGGCUGGCAGUCAUCUCUUUCCACAGUUUAGAGGACAGAAUUGUGAAGCAAACAUUUCUUGACAUCAUCAACAUCGAAAGCAGAGAUGGGGAUGCUGAUAUGAUUGAAGAAGAAGCACAGAAGAAAGAUUUGAGAAAGAUCAGAAUAGACAUUGAUGAAGAUGAAUCGUGGAUCAAACAAAUGAUACAAGGGUUCAGAGGAACAAUUCUCACUAAGAGACCAAUUACGCCAUCUGAACAGGAAGAGAAACUGAACACCCGGUCUAGGAGUGCGAAGCUUAGGGUGAUUCAGAAGGUUUGAUCCAAUGUGAAAGCCAACAUAGUUCUGAAUUCCGGGUAUUACAUCCCCUUUCUACAACAAUAUUUCUCUAUCAUUUACCCCAUUAUUUAUUCAGCUAAUAAAAAGUAAUUCUCAUAC